CCGGUGGUCUGCGUCGGCUGUCCAGACUCGCGGCAAAUGGCAGUACAAUUAUUGUGAAUAAUAUUGUCAUAGAAAAGAUAUUAAAUAUUGUCUUUUAACUUAAUUCGUUUUGCGACGAUAGCCGAAAACCGGCGUACACGAUGAUUACUGAAGCUGAAACGCCGGACGAUGCCCCGAAAAAAGCGCUCAUUUACAUUUGUGGAGCUUGCCAAGCUGAGAACGAAAUGAAACCCAAAGACCCGAUCCGAUGCAGAGAGUGUGGUUACCGAAUCAUGUAUAAGAAACGAACAAAAAGAUUGGUUGUGUUUAACGCUCGAUGAAUAUUUUCCAGCAAGUUGAAGUGUACAGAAACAACAAUGACAAGAUAUAACAGGCAGUUUUAUUUAUUCAAUUGUUUGUUUUAAUUUUGUUGUAUGAAAAUUAUAAGUUUUAAGUUCUAUAAUAUAAUAUCAUGUAUCGAUUUUCAAAUAAUCUCCUUUUUAAAUUAAAUGUACUUUAAGGAAUAAGUGAGUCUUGAAUGAAGGAGGACCUUAUCAGAAUAAAUAUGUUUUUUAAUACAACAACUUUAAAUUUUGUACUCAGAUAUAAAAAUAAUGAAAACUUUUUACCAUC